GUUUUAUCUAAUUGCUUAAAUGACUUUUUUUAAUCUCCCUUGAUUUCUUCUACCACCUGCUACUUUAUUCCCUACUCUACUCUUUUUCUUUUUUCUUUUUUUUUUUGAAGGAUAGUAGUUGACGUUUUCCUUGGGAUACUGUAGAUCAAUCUGGCUAAAGAUGAAGCUAGGAGAGAAGAGGCUGUAGGUAAUCCCUGCACCAAUUCAAAACCAGACAUUGCUCUCUCUCAUUCUGGUGCUGCGAAAGCAUUUCACCCCGAUGAGUUCAUCCAGCUGUUGACCUGGCUGGGUGAAAAGAGAAGCAACAAAGAGGAAAAAGUGAUGGGAGGAGAAGAGGAGGCUCUGUCAGUUAAGGCUUUGUCUGCUAUUGACCGGGUUUGAAUUGGAUUCAGCCCAGACUUAAGCAACUGUAACGUAAGUCACGGAGCGUGAGCCGGCUGGGGCAUUUGAGCUGGGAUGUAUGGGGCAGCGUUUGAGAUGUAUGGAGGUCUAAGAAGAUAAAACAAUGAGCCACACUGUGAUACAAUACUUGACAUCCACUGUAAAUGUGUUAUAGAGUGUGAAGUACAAAAGAACAGAGAUGGGGUAAGGAUGGACAGAGGACAUGGCAGACAAACAGGGACUUAAAACCAGCAAUAGACAAAGAAACGAGGCUCGCAGAGAUAAAAACAGAUUACAGACAAACAACAGGGGAGAUGCUGAGCUGGGCUGUCCCACCAGACGGAGGAGAACUCUGACUGUUAAUCAGCUUGUGUUGUUUUUUUUUUUUAUGGGGACAGUGUGUUUGUGUACGGCUUCUGACCCCGACUUCUGGAGGACAGACACAAAAAAAACCAAAAAAAAAAAGCAUUCCUCGCUGCUUUUGUUUGCAUGCUGGGAUUUGGAUUGGCCUUGCUCUUUUGGAUUCCAUGUGCCAAAAGUGCAAAAAAAAAAAAAAAAAAACAAUUCUUUGAUAACAGAGAUUUUUUACUCCGAGCCACUAUGAAGUGUGUAAAUUACACCUCAGUUGUGCAGUUGACAAAGACCCCCUACAGCCCUAAAUAGCCCCACUUUUAAAGCAAACAAAAAAAGACACAUGCACACAUUCAUGCACUGACACCGCACACUACACUGACUACUGCCCGCUAUGAUUUGAAGUCAAGAGGAGGAAUUAAAAGCUUUCAGGCGAGAGCAGUUCCUUUUGCUCUUGACAUGUUUCAAAGGUGAGAUGUUUGCUAUGCAUGCUGAACUGCCAGUAGGUGUUUAUAGUUGUGUUCUUUUUUCUUCCAUCUUUACCACUCACAAUAUUCCUGACAACUUUCAGAACUGUCCUUUUCUUCUUUUUUAUAUCCAUCUCUGUGAAUGCGAAGUCACCAGAGGGUUGAGUUGCAGUGCUCUCCCCCUUUUUUUUUCUUUUCUGUCCUUUUCCUCCCACAGUCUCUCUUUUUUCCAUUUGAACACAAAGUCAUUCAGUCUCUAGAGUUUGUAGUAACCUUCACUCUCAAAGAAGUGCUCUGAGUUUUGUGUAUUUUUUUUUCAGUUGUUUUCCUCCCCUCGUAGGAGAAGGAGGCAUUCCAGUUUAGAGCUUGACUUUCAUCGCUCAUCCUCCACACACACACACACAAACACACACACAUACACACACACAUACAGAAGCAGCUGGUUGAUAGUAAACAACUCUAAAAAAAGAAGAAAAAAAAAAGUUCAGCUCAACUUGCUGACCUUCAACCAUCCCUCAAAUUCACAUUUAAUGUGCAGAAUAAAAAAAAGAAAUUUUAUAUUUCUGCUAUCUCCUCUCUCUUGAGCAUGAAGACGUUCACUUUCUAUCUGCUAAUGUGCCCCAGCGCUCUUCACGUCGUCUCGGCCUUGACUGCAGAGCCUCUCCCAUGCUGCUAUGCCAGACUGAGCUGGCACACACACUAUCUCACCCUGGCAUGGACUAGACCCUGUCAGGCUCCAUUCCUACAGGAGAAAUCACCCAAUUAGUCUGAAACUUUCCAGACAAAGAGCCGUCAGCAGCUGGACUGGCUGAACUGAAAAGGGCCUGAUCCGUUGUCCUCAUCAUUUACUAUUCCAAAAAUGUAACCUUUAACCAAAUGAUGUGUAAUUGUACCAAGUUUUGUUCAUCCUGCUGAAGUGAUUUGGACUUAAUCUUGCUUGAUGCUAAUUGUCUCUUUCCUCUCUGCCUGCUUUCCGGGAUGCUGUCUUCGAAUCUUCUCCACCCCGGGCCUGUCUGUGGAUCUUGAAUUGCAGGAUUCCCUGUCCGGAGUGUGGAUAUGCAGCGGGCCACCGACAACAUCACCAUCCGCCAGGGCGACACAGCGAUUAUAAGGUGUUACGUUGAUGACAAAGUGUCCAAGGUGGCCUGGCUCAAUCGAUCCAACAUCAUCUUUGCCGGUCAGGACAAGUGGUCCCUGGACCCCAGAGUAGAUCUGGUUACUAAAGGACAGCUGGAGUACAGCCUGCGCAUACAGAAGGUGGAUGUGUAUGACGAAGGGUCGUACACCUGCUCCAUACAGACUAAGCAGCAGCCCAAGACCUCACAGGUCUACCUCAUUGUACAAGUUCCAGCCAACAUCUACAAGGUGUCGGAAGACAUCAUAGUGAAUGAGGGCAGUAACGUGACACUCAGUUGUUUGGCCAGUGGCAGGCCAGACCCUGCAAUCACCUGGCGGCUGCUAAACCCCUCAGCAGAGCCACUGGAAGGAGAAGAGUACCUGGAUAUUAUAGGUAUCGUGCGAAACCAAGCAGGUCGUUACGAAUGCAAGGCCAGCAACGAUGUCGCCACGCCUGAUGUCAAAUACGUCAAUGUGGUUGUCAACUAUCCUCCAACAAUAAAGAAAACCCAGAGCUCAGAGACUCAGGUGGGCCGCAUGGGGACACUGCAGUGUGACGCCGUGGCUGUGCCCACACCAGAGUUUGAAUGGUACAGAGACGAAAAAAGGCUGAUCAAUGCCCAGGGCAUCAAUAUCCAAAUUCUUGGCACCACCACUAUCCUCAUGAUCGCCAACGUCACCGAAGAGGAUUAUGGGAACUAUACCUGUGUGGCCACGAACCGACUGGGCGUCCAGAAUGCCAGCGUUUUCCUCUAUAGACCCGGGACAGGUCGAGAUAUCAACGGCUCUGCCUGUGUAUCUCAAUCACUGUGGCUCCUUCUGGCCUCCUUCGCCUGCCUUUUCUUUAAGUGUUAAUACUGCUGCCCUCCUCCUCCUCCUCCUCUUCCUCUUCUUCCUCCUCUUACCCCUUCUUGCCUUUUUUCCUUCCUUCCUGCUCUUUCUCUCCUUCUCUCCAACUCACCGACAUCCUUAUUGCUACCUUAUUACCAACUUUACCGCCCCCACCCCAGACUGUUUGCAUCAUGAUACGAAAAACCUUAUGUGCUCUCGAGCACUGCUUACAGAUAUAAUGAAAAGCGAUGGGUUAUGAGUAAAAUGUUAUAAGAACAACAACAAAAAACAGUGAAAUGAAGGACAGAACAAGCAAACAAUGCUCUUUUAAAGAACUGCAUUGUUCUUUUUAAUUCAUAUGCACUUCUUUGUUUCUGCUAUAUCUUGUCUUUGGGGUCUGGAUGGGGUUUGUUGUGUUUUUUUUGUUUAUUUUUUGUUUUGUCUUCAUGGGAAUGAAAGCAGAGGCUCACAACGAUGCCAACAAUCAUUUGUCUCUAGAAGUACUGAAGACAUAAGGUGUAUUUCUUCUUCCCAUAGAUGCAUUAUGUUAACUUAAAGUUUAGAUUUAACCAAGUGUGUAACCAGUGUAUUAAUGAGCAAACAUGCAAAGUAUCUGCCAAAUAUCCAUAAAGUAUAUAGAUUUGAAACUAACACACAGAAAUCAAAGGGAAAACACUUCUGUAAUGAGAUUAGAGCUUGAUAUUAAAGUCUGUACUACCAUAAUCCGAUGCUACGACACUGACACAGAGAUAUAGAGCACUAGACAGAUAUCUCUCCAAUCGAAGACAUUUUUUCUAGACGCAGCAGUCACUUGGAUUGUUGCUGUUGAGCCCUGAAAUUGAGGACGCAGUGCAUAGAAUCGACUUUGAUCCUACUGAGCUAAACCAUGCGGAGUGCAAACAUGAGGAAAAUUUGUUUAUCUGGUGAUGGAUACCUACAUCUUCAUUCAGUGGCUUUGCAACCACUCGCCUUUAUUCCAAAAGAUUUCCUCUUUUCUUUUCGCAGCAGGAAAAGAAAACACAGUAGGUUAUAAUGAUGCGUACUGUACAUAGUAAAAAACAAUUUUGUAUUUCUCUAUGAUAAGACAACUUGUUCUGCCACUGUAACAACAGGAACCAGAGACAAUUGUUGCAGUGUUUGCUGCUUGUUUGGCAACCAACCAUACUGCGCAGUUUGUCUCUGCUCCAUGGCAGGCUGCGCCGCAUUUAGCUACUUAAUACUGUACCACAUACAGUGUUUGCUUUUAGUUUAUGAGUUAUAGGAUCAUCCUUCUAUACUGCUGGAAUUUGGAUAAAAAAAAUGUAUGACACCAAUGAAUGACUUACUUUUUAGUUAUUUCUCUUUCAAAGAAGAAUGUGUGUUUUAAUAUGAAAUGGUACAGAAAAAUUCAUAAUGUAUUGAUAUUGAAGUUAUUUUUUUCUGUCUUUACCUCAUACAUUUUAGUUGUGUGUGUGUAUAUAUAUACUUGAAUCCAAUGUCCUUAUAUACUAUAUGAAACAGCAAAUUUUACGUGUCAUGUUUCUGAGUAGGGUAGCGAUUUCUUGAGGAUGAAUGACUCAGUAGAUCUCUUGAACUGGCAGCCCUGCUCUAUCAUGUGAACUGAAGCCCAUUAGACAAUGAUGUUAAAGAAUUUCUUUCUUUCUUUUUUUUUUUUUGAAAAGUCUAGCAUAAAGAGAAAAAGAUAGUUUUGUGCAGUUAUUAUUGUACCUAUCUGUGAGAUGAUACAAGUGCUGGCUUACACGAUGUUAUUGGGAAUGGAAAAUUAUGUUAAGCUUGUGAUGCUUUUUCAUAUGCCAGGAAUUCAAUAUGAGAACAGAAAACAAAUACAUUUUGAAUGCUUAUUCCCCUCAACGGCCAUCAAGGCCACCGCGCUAAUGGGCGACUUUAACAAAAUAAUACCAUUAAAUUACGUCCUUCAAUUAUGUCCUUCAGCAAAAUUUUCUCAUCACACCUUACUGAUCACUGAUUUCUGAAUGAAAAAAAACAGUCAAAUGUGUCAUGUUUUAUAAAACUCACAAGAAGAAGAUUUUUCAGUGCAGCUCUCUGAGGAAACAGCCCCGAGGUCAUCGCUGUUCUGACGAGAAUUGCUGAAACUGGUGCACUAUUACCUGCCUUUUGUUUUUUGCCAUUUAUUUUGACCUACUGUAAGGUGACUAAUAGCGUAUGGACUCCAGCGCCCAGUUGAACUCCUCAACUGGAUGUGUGUUAACGUCUCCGCUCUUCUAACAACCAAGCCGAGAUAGUACUAGUACUGUAAAACACACGUGUAAUUAAUGUCAUCCUUGUCAUGCAUUAAAGACAUUGUUCCCAGUGUUUUCAUUGUAAAUGCUUCUGAGGUCAUGGCUGUGUGACUUUGUGAUCCAGUCUUAUUUUCAUGUGGGUAAGCUGGUAGAAGUAGAGCUGCACAGGGACUGAAACAGGCAACAAUUCAAAUCACAGAUGAAGCAUUUAAACGGUUAAAGCGGCAUUUCUGUUGCCUCUAUGGUGGAUCCACUUUAACGUGGAUUACUUGCCUCCUGGUGUUUUUCUACUACAUUGGUGUUUCUGCAGACUCUCUUACCGCUUUUUAGCACUCUGACUAGCCCACAGUUGAGGAUGCUUAUCGUCUUACUGUAGUAAGAAGUGAAUGAUCUGGAAGCUGUGGUGAAAUAGUUCUUCACGAUCAGUUUGCAUGAGAGUGGUCUGUGCUUACAUGUCUGUUUCAGUAAAGUCCGUCUGUCUUGAUGUGUCGCAUAGAAAAACCUCAGGGCAGUGCUAUAGGCUGGCCUCGGGCAGACUCUCUCUCUCUCUCUUUUUUUUUUUUUGCUGGAGAAGACCCUAACAGACUACAAGACCACGGGUCAAAUAUCUCCAAAUUGUGCUCAGCAUUUAUUUUAACCUGCAUGGAGUGCAUGAUGGGUGGAGUUCACUGCAUCAAGGCAAAUCGAGUGAGGAAGUCAUUUUCUCAACUUUCUACCAUCCAGGUGAUUUUUAUGAGGCAGACCUCAUCAUUGUGGGUCCAUGCAGGUUAAAACCAGCCAAUAAGCACUGACUGACACUAAAACAACUAUAUGUAAAAGCCAUGGAGCUCUGUCUUAUCCAUACAACAUGAAAAAACAGCCAGCCUAUGGACGCAGCACCAAACCCCGCCCCUAUAGACAGACCUGGAUAUCUACUGAAGACUGUAGGUACAGCUAUCUAGUUUACUAUUGAGCAUAGCCUCAAAACAUCACCAUUGCUUCAUUGUUGGCUUAUGUAAGUGCGCGUGUGUGCUCUGAUUCUGUUCUUAUCCUACCUGAGAAAUUAAUAUGAGGCAUAAGAUACAUGAAGAGUUGGCCAAACAGCUAACUUUCUACUUUCUUUGGCUUGAUGGUUACAGUGGUAACCCUUUUUUUUAAGUUACUUUUUUUUUUUCCUCCUCUGUGUGUAUAUACAGUAUGAUGUUUCUACAGUAGAAUGUUGUAAAGUCAGCAAAUCCAUAAGAUCGUGUUUAUACAACUCAGCAUUUAAAAAUUUCAACAGAAAAUGUAACUAUCACGUUUAUACGUCCCUUCCCAUAGUCGUGGGAAACCAAGAUUCAAUCAUGGAUAAAGACACAGCAAUGUCCCAUUUUUGUUUUUUUUUUCUAUUUGACCUUACUUUAUUAUGGCAUAAGGUGAUUGCAGUCAGUUUCUAAAAAAUAAAAAAAAAAUCAUAUGUAAUAAAGGUAUAUGAGAAAAUGUUCAUAACACAAAAUAAAGUUGUUUGAAUUUAAUGUUCUGUAUUUGAAUGUGACUUGAGAUGUCGGGGCCCGUAACAUCUUCUUUUUUUUUUUUUCUGGAAAUAGCUUGGAACACACGGAAUCUUCAAUGGUACUGUUGUGUUUAUCACCAUGUAACAUGCAAAUAAAAUAAUAUAUGUAUUGUUA